GCCUGGGCCGGGGACGCAGCCACGAGUGGGACGGAAGCGGCGCCCUGAGAAGCGGCCUGGCCAGGCGGGGGGAGGGAAAAAGGCAGGAAGGCCCAGCCGAGCCAUGGACAACCAGUGUACGGUCCAGGUGAAGUUGGAGCUGGGGCAUCGUGCCCAGCUGCGAAAGAAGCCCACUACCGAGGGCUUCACCCACGACUGGAUGGUCUUCGUGCGUGGACCUGAGCAGUUUGAGAUCCAGCACUUUGUGGAGAAAGUGGUCUUUCGGCUACAUCAGAGCUUCCCGAAACCAAAACGUGUCUGCAAAGAGCCCCCAUACAAAGUGGAGGAGUCCGGCUAUGCUGGUUUCAUCAUGCCCAUUGAAGUCCACUUCAAAAACAAGGAGGAGCCCAGGAGAGUUUGCUUCACCUACGACCUCUUCCUGAACCUGGAGGGGAACCCACCCGUCAACCACCUGCGCUGUGAGAAACUGACAUUCAACAACCCGACGAGGGAAUUCCGACGCAAGCUGAUCAAGGCUGGAGGAGUCAUGGUGAUGCCGGAAGGAGCAGAAACCGUGUCCCGGCCCAGCCCUGACUACCCCAUGCUACCCACGAUACCGCUGUCAGCUUUCUCUGAUCCCAAGAAGACCAAACAGUCCCAUGGGUCCAAGGAGGCAGGCAAAGACGGGAGCAAAGCUUCCAAGCCACACAAAGUGACCCGGGAACAUCGUGAGCGGCCCCGGAAGGACUCUGAGAGCAAAGCCUCCUCCAAAGACCCGGAGAGGGAGCCCGGCAAGCCCUCGAAGGACUCCUCCUCGAGGAAAGCGGCUGAGAACAAAGCACCCAAGGAGGAGAAGCCCCUCCCCAAAGCGGCCUUCAAGGAGCCCAAGCUGGCCCUGAAGGAGCCCAAGCUGGAGAAUGCCUCGCCCAAGGGGGGAGCCCCGCAGGCCGAGCCGAAGCCCUCCAACAAGAGGCCCUCGGCAGUGGAGUCGCCCAAGCCCAGUGCCAAGAAGCCGAAGAAGAGCAGCUCCAAGGGACCCAAGACCGUCCCGGCCACCUCGCCCCGCACCUUGUCUUACGCCGAGAAGCGGCCACCCAAGGAGAAGUCCAGCGCCAAAGCGGAGAAGGUGAAGGCAGAGAGCGAGCCCAAGGCCAUCAAGAAGCCUGUGGAGGUGGCGGCGGUGGCGGAGGAGUCCAAUUCAGAGGACGAAGCUUCUCUGAAAUCGGAGGGGGUGAAGUCUGCCGCAUCCAGUCCAUCGAACUCCAGCUCUGGCUCGGACUCCAGCUCCGACUCUGAUUUCGAGCCGUCUCAGAACCACAGCCAAGGGCCGCUGCGAUCCAUGGUGGAGGACCUCCAGUCUGAGGAAUCGGAUGACGAUGACAGCUCUUCUGGCGAAGAGACGGCCGUCAAGGCAGCCCCCGUCAACAGAGACACCAGGCUCAGCCACAGCGAUAGUGACAGCGACAACAGUGCAGAUUCCUGCUUGCCAAGCCGUGAACCUCCUCCCAGCCAGAAACUCCCCCCUUCAAGCAAUAAGGUUUCUGGGAGAAAGAGUCCAGAGUCCUGCAGCAAACCAGAAAAGAUCCUCAAGAAAGGGACCUACGACAAGGCCUACACCGAUGAGUUAGUGGAGCUUCACCGGAGGCUGAUGGCGCUACGAGAACGGAACGUACUACAGCAGAUUGUCAACCUCAUCGAGGAGACGGGACACUUCAACGUCACUAACACGACCUUUGACUUUGACCUCUUCUCCCUGGACGAGACCACAGUCCGCAAGCUGCAGAGUUACCUGGAAGCCGUGGCCACGUGACCCGCGGCCUCCGGAAUCCAGUGGGACGCUUCUUGGGAUACCAGACUCCCCCGUCUCUUCGGUACCAGGAAACCAACCCGCGGGCCUCGGUCACCGCCUUAUCCUCCUCGAUUCACCUGAAGCACUGCCUUAGAGAACAGCCGCGCUCUAGGAACCCGCCGCGCUUUCUUUCCGAGCUUCAGCCGAGCCGCCGCCCAGCCUGUCCUCCUUGGCUUCAGCAGCUCCCUUGGGCCCGAUGGAGUAGAGCCGUGUCGGCCCUAAGCUGUGCCAUGGUGCACUCGUCCCUCCCUCCAGCUUUUUUUAAAAAAAAAACUUUCGGAAGAGACUCCACGGGGCGAGCGUCUGUGUCUUUUAAGAAUGGACUUUUGAGGCUGCCUCCUCAGCCGAAAGUCAAGUGGCGCUGUUUUGUUUCCACCAAACCUACAGACUGCGAAAGAGGCCCACAGCGUUCUGGGGCUUACUUGUCGAAAUGAGGUGGGCACCUGCGCCAGAUUGGCUACGGUGUUGUUGCGUAGCAGAGAGCUGUUGGGUUCAUACCGUGUUCUCGAACCUUCCGGGGGGCAGCCCCGAUGCCUUCGGCAAGCGGACUGUUAAAAUCUGUCCUUGUGUGUGCCGAGGCAGCAGCCAAUAGCUUGCAACUUUGUCAUCCUUGCUUGCUUUAGAUGCAGCGCUGGCUCUGGUCCCCUCAAAGAGAGCAUCUCCCUUCCG